AUGGAAAUUCUAUUCACAACGAAUACAUUCUACUUCUCCGGCCUAGAGCUCCAACAGAACUUGUCUCGAUUGCUCCCUCCCCAAAGGCUAGCGAGUAUCUCCUCUCUAGUCCUUAUCUGGGAUCUAAAAAAGCCCCGUCAAAAGUACUACAGUGAGAAAAAUAACCUGGUCGGUGUACUCUGGGAGAGGGUCGUCACGGCAUCCCCCGAACCGCCGUCCGGGGCUGAUUCAACGCUUCACGAAUUAUGCCGCAUAGUCCCAGAAACCUUUCCUAAUCUUCAUCACUUAUAUAUCUCCUUGCAGAGUCAUAUCGCACCACCGGAGCCGAAGAUCUUUGAAGAUCCUGUGGGCGAGGUGGAGAGGGUUAUCCUGAGUCCGAUUGACGAGGUGGUACGGGCUUUGGGACCGGGGAGGGAUGUUAAGAUUGCUAUCCAGCUGGGGGGGUGGCAGGCUAUUUGGCGACGGCGGUUGAAACGAAAUCCGCGAGAGGUGAUUGCCAAGUUUGAUGAACAAUCCGGGAAUCGACUUUGGAAGGGGCUUGGUGACGCCACUGGCCAGCCAGAAUUGGGAUAUUGGUUGUGCGCGGGGUGGGACGAUAUUGAUCGUAUGGGGCCGGUAUCCUACGGUGAUGUGGAUGUAUGGGGUGAAGAGAUAUCAGAAAAUUAUGUAUCUACACAUGGAUAG